AUGUGGCGGGAUCGAACCAACCUCUACAUAUCCUACCGCCAGUCCUUCGCACACCACCCAGCCAAAAAACCGCGCUUUACAGGCCCCUCCAAUGGCUUCGACUCUCCCUCCCACCCGGAGGAAAGCCGCCGACUAAUCUCCGAGUCGGGCGGCUUCGAGGAAGAUGGCGACAUGGUCAUCGAGAUGGACCUCCUACCACCGCGAUGGGUCGAUAUUCAAGACGAAGUCUCAGAACACCUGGGCGACAUCGCGCAAAAGUCCGCGGAGCUGGAUAAGCUGCACCAGAAACACCUGCUGCCUGGGUUCGGGGACGAGGAUGUCCGGAGACAGGACGAGGGCCUGAUUGAGCGCUUGACGCAGGAGAUUACGCGCAGCUUCCACGACUGUCAGAAGGCUAUUAAGAGGAUCGAGAGGAUGGUGCACGAGUCGAAGGAACAGGGCGGCGUGACGAGUGGUGAGGAGACCAUGGCGCAGAAUAUCCAGAUUUCUCUGGCGUCGAGGGUCCAGGAGGCGAGUGCGAGGUUUCGCAAGAAGCAGAGCACAUACCUGAGGAAAUUACGAGAUAUAGAGGGCUUUGCGACGCCGUUCGAUCGGGCGCCGACUCCUGUUCAGAAUCCGUACACGGAUCCCUCUUUGAUGGAGUCUGAUGCCGACAAGUCCUUUUCACAGACUAUGCUGAUGCAGACGCAACAACGCGCGACGGGGCAGAAUGAUGCGGUUAUUGCGCAGCGUGAGCGCGAGAUCAACGAUAUUGCGAAGGGAAUUAUUGAGCUUUCGGAUAUCUUCCGUGAACUGCAGACUAUGGUUAUUGAUCAAGGUACUAUGCUCGAUCGCAUUGAUUAUAAUGUUGAGAGGAUGGGGACCGAAGUCAGGGGCGCGGAGAAGGAGCUCAAAGUGGCUACAAAUUAUCAACGUCGAACUACCAAACGCAAAGUCAUGCUUCUGUUAGUCUUGGUGGUGGUGGGACUGAUUAUCGUUCUUGUUGUGAAACCAAAGAAUCACAGUUCAACAACACAAGCACCAGAGCCCCCUGCUGAUGAAUCAUCUAAUAAUAUCCGGUCUGUGUUGGUAUCAGCAAAGCGAGAAACGCGACAUCCGUCAUCGAGGCGAGAUCGUUGGACAGAUCCGGAUAUACUUCGAUAA